AUGUCGGUCUCGGCACUUGAUUCGCGCCUGUUCCAGAACCUCUUUGGCACCCAGGAGAUUCGGGCUGUCUUCGACGACGAAGCGUAUACUCAGCAAAUGGUCAAUGUUGAGCUUGCCCUAGCACGCGCGCAGUCCAAGGUUGGGAUCAUCCCGACAGAAGCGGGAGAAAUCCUUACCACAAAGCUCAGUGAGGAAGGCUUCCAUCUAGACUUCGAUCGUCUUUCGCGCGAGACUGAGAUCGUGGGGUACCCGGUCCUUCCUCUGGUGCGACAGCUUGUUGAAUAUGCGUCGUCCAGUGAGAUGGACAAGUAUAUCCACUGGGGAGCCACCACUCAAGAUAUUAUGGACACUGCUUCCGUGCUUCAGAUGCGCAAAGGGCUAGACAUAGUCAAACACCAUUUGCAGGAACUGGAAAACAUACUGCGGACCCUGUCGAAGAAGUACCGGGACACCCCAAUGGCUGGCAGGACGCAUCUUCAACACGCUCUACCAUGCACAUUCGGCUACAAAUGCGCCGUCUACCUCUCCAGCAUCCUUCGGCAUUCUGAGCGUCUCCAGGAAAUCGAAAGCCGAUGCCUUCUCGUCCAAUUUGGCGGUGCGGCAGGGACGCUGGCUUCCCUAGGAUCUGACGACACUGGUCUGCGCGUCAGAGAACAAUUGGCCAAGGAGCUCGGGCUGGGCAACCCCAGCAUCACUUGGCACGUCGCCCGCGACAAUGUGGCUGAAAUCAUCAACUUCCUUGCCCUUGUGGGAGGCUCGCUAGGCAAGAUUGCCUACGACCUGAUCCUUAUGUCGUCCAACGAGCUAAGCGAAGCGUCAGAACCGUUUGUCCCCCAUCGGGGUGCAUCGUCGACGAUGCCCCAGAAACGAAACCCCAUCUCCAGCGAAGUCAUCCUGGCGGCGUCAAAGAUCCUCCGUGCGAACGCGGGUCUGGCGCUGGACGCCAUGGUGACAGAUUUCGAGCGGGCAUCGGGCCCGUGGCACCUGGAGUGGGUGGCCGUGCCCGAAGCAUUCGUGGUGGCCGUCGGGGCUCUGCACCAGACCAAUUUUGCACUGAGCGGCCUCGUCGUCAACACGGACGCCAUGAUGAAGAAUCUGUUGUCCACACGGGGUCUGAUCGUCGGAGAGGCCGUGAUGAUGGGUCUAGCCCCGUUCUUGGGCCGGCAGCAGGCCCAUGACGUAGUCUAUGAGGCCUGCAAAGAGUCGAUCGAGAAGGACACGGCAUUGUUUGACGCCUUGAAAGACCGUGCCAGUGUCGCCGUCUACGUCUCGGAGGAACAGUUGAAGCAGCUCUGUGACCCGACCAAUUACCUGGGAGCAAGCCAGCUGAUGGUGGACCAUAUUCUCGAACUCGGAACCAGAAGUUGA